GUUCCAACUGAGGAUUCCAAGUGAUUCUGAAAAGUUCCGAAACUUUGACACAUUUCACUUUUGUCUUCGCUAACAAGCUGCUCAACUUUUAAGCUCUUUGCUUUAUACCUCUGUAAUUUUCAUCAUUUUAAAUUAAUAAUGUGGCGAUCUACAGGCAUGAAAUCACGUUUUCUGAAGCCUGGCCCCAGGUACACCCAACCCGAUUGGUCCUUCAACAACAAUCUGGUCACCAAAAAGUCUGAGCUGCAGAGGGCUUUAGCCUAUCAGAUCAACCAGGAUCUUCACUGUGCACGUGGAGAUGCUACCACUCAGAUCCGCUGGGCCACCUGGAGCACCAAGGACCACCUGACCAACCGCGUAGAGGAGCUGGGGCACUGGCAGAGCCAAUCAGCUGACAGCAUCGGCAGAGUAGACCAGGAGAUGGCAGCCUUAGUGAAGGUGAAGGCGAUCGCUGAGCGCUGUCUGCAGGAGAAGGUCCUGUACAGGCAGGUGCUGAGGGAGUGUGUGGCGCUCCGAGACGGCCGGACGGCGGCGGAGCUGGUCCAUGACGACGUGGAGGCUGAGCUGAAGCGGGAGGUGGAACUGGCUGAGGAGAUCAUCCACCUGAUUCAGCAGAAGAUCCACCUGGUCCUGGACAACCUCUGGUCUCUGAAGGACGUGCGUACCCAGCUGAUGGCCGACCACAGGGACAAGGGAGAAGCUGUGAAGCUCAACAAACACUGUCUGACCUUUGACCUCCAGUCACCCAACCUGGGCUACAAGUACCAACCCUGCCACAUCGUCAAGGGAACCCUGACCUAUGAUCAGUGGGUUGCUUACUGCAAAAGACUGAAGCAGACAGCAGAGAAACUGGUCCUGGACUGCUCUUACUUCCGUGGAAAUCUGCAGUAUACCCUCUCCAAGCUGAUGAAUGCUCUGGAGACCCAGCGCUGUGCCUCUGACUUCUGCCUGAGGAAGAGGCUGAAUGAGCUGAGCCGUGCCAGGGAUGCCCUAGAGUGGGAGAAACAGCAGUUGAAGGAGACAGUGGUGGACCUGGUCAAGGAGAUGCAGAAGGUGGAGAGACAGAUCAUGAACUCUGGCUCUGAGCAGCAGCUGACCCACACCCGGCUGGACAUCCUGGCCCAGAGGGCCAACUACGAGCUCUGCAUGGACCAGCCCCACAUUGCUCUUCUGAAGGAGAACAAGAACCUGAGGAAGAACACCUUCGGCCUGCAGAAUAAACUCCUCCUCUCUCAGAAGACCCUGGAGUCCAUGCAUAUGACCCUGUUCACCCUGGGGUACAAGCUGGAGGCUAAGAGCCGGGCUUUGGACAUCGACAGGAGGUGCCAGGAGGUCCGUCAGAGUCUCCUGCCCCUGCGUGGAAGCACCGUGGUCACCGCCAACACUUCAGCACAGGAACCCCUGGCCCUGCUCUCUCCUCUCAGCUCCCCCAGCUCCUUUCGGAAUUAGAAUGUUGCCACCCGUCUCUCUGGGCAUGGCUGAAGUCGCAGAUGCAAGCUAUAUUAUAUGUGUGUCAUGUGUG